AUGAGUGGCUACAAUACAGACUGGACGGAGGUCAGAUACGGCCGGAGGGCCCGACGUUUCCGCCAGCAAUCCUGGGACCGUAGGGACGGGUACGGAUGGGGGAAGGCCCGUGCAUUCCCCGCUCCUUAUGGGAGACGGGAUAGAGUCCCCUCACCUUACCAGCCAGUGCCUCCUCCAAGACCGGCACGUUUCUAUGGUCCCCAAUCAAAAACCUAUGCAUCUGUGGUGGGCCGCCAAUUCAAUCGGAGACCGGCCCCACGAUUUUAUAAAAAUCCACCGGUUCAGCAGCAUUCGGACAAUAUUAGGAGACAGCCAGCUGACCCGCAGUUCGGGCGGCUGGUCAGGACUAUGCAUAGUCUUAUAAAGAUAGUGCACCAUUACCAAAAUGUUGCUCCAAAAGCGGGGAAGGGAGAACCCAAAAUCAUCUCCCGGAUGGUUGAAGUGCUAGCCACUAUGAUCAAGCCCGCAGUUCCCACCCAGCGAACUAUGGAGUUCAUUAAGGGGAAUGCAGAGAACUGGGGCUACAACACAGUGACCAUUCUGAUGGAUCACUAUAAGGACGGUUUGGAUGUGGUCUUGGGGGAACUUGAGGGAAUCUUGAUUCCACGGUGGAAGGAUGCCUUUGAAGUGGCAGUACGUUGGGCAAAACGAAACCUGCCCCGGAUCACAGCAGAUGUCAUAGAUCACGCAGAGGCCCUUAUCACAGAGAGAGCUGAGGCCCUUUUGACAGAGAGAACAGAGGUUAGAGAGGAAGCACCCCAACCUACUGUUCAAAAGAACAUUACGUUGCAGUCAUUCAGGGGAACUAAAGAUAAAAGUCACGGGCUAAACAUCCAACCACCGGCCAAACAAUCAGUGGCCACGAUGACCGAACAGGUCCAACAGACAGACUCUGAAUGGGCAAGUUCGCCCAAAGAACAGAGACAGGCCUACAGAGGGAGAAAAGGGGUGGUGUUGCCUGAGGACGAAGUUUUUGUAGAGGAGGUUGAGGAGGUUGAAGAACAGCCUAGAGUCAUACAUGACCAGAUUUUGACAAACUCACAGUUAGCCACAUUGUUUGAUGAGCUAGAUGCAGAAGAGGAACGGGAGAGGUUGGAGGCAAGAGCAGCUAGGGAACCCCCUAAAGAUUCAGAGCAACAAACCUCUACCCCAAACCAAACAGAGGUUCAGGUUCAGGUUUUGAGAGACGCAUUUCCUGAGCCAGAUGAGGUUGAGGCUUUGGGAUCGGGAAGAUCCAGGUCCAGAGGUGGACGAUGGGGAGGUCUUUCAAGACUCAUCGGACAGAUUUUUGGGUCCAGAACCAGAGCGUUUUAA